AUGGCGUCGGCGGUUCGCCCACAAAACCUGCUUCUCCUCCUGUGUCUCCUGCUAUGCCACUUCUCUUAUGUUCAUGCUUAUGUCGUGGACCAUUCGGUCCCAGUAUUGGUCCCGCGGAAAGCCAUCGUCUCCAACGCAUCUGGGACCGUAGUAGUGGUCGAUUCGUCUACCCAGGAGACGAUAACUCAGGGUGAUGCGAAUGAUGGAGCAGGCGACGGUUUUUCUCCGCCUGCGAUGUUGUGGAUAGGGUGCUGCCUGCUGAUUGGCGUGCCCUUAUCGUUUGCUGGGAUCAGGGGGUGGAGACUCACGACUGGGGCCGGUAUAGGUCUUUCCGCCGGGGUAUUAUCCUGGUCCGCUAUCAUCAACAGCAUCAAUAGUCAAGGCGUAUCCGACAUCGUGCUCACGUCCAUCAUUCUCGUGUUUAUCUUCUUUGGCUUCUGUUUGGGUGCUUUCGAGUUCGCACGCGUAGGAGGGAUCAUUCUUAUUGUCCUUAAUGGUGGUCUGGCGUUUGGCGUCAGGAUCGUCCUGCUUAAGGGAGGGUUGUUGGGCGGGAGCUCGCUCCAUGUCAACUGGGCGAUUGUUAUCGCCUUUCCCAUACUUGCGGGGCUAUCGAUGAUAUGGAAGCAGAGGCCUCCUUUGCUUUUUGGAUGUGCAUCCGUCGGGCUUUUCUUAAUGCCAUUAGGCAUCGACCUCAUAGUUAACAAGCAAGACGGCAUGAGUCGCGGACUGCGCUACUUGUUCGAUCGCAACACCGCUCAUUUGGCAGACAUUAUGAUUAAUGGAUAUCACCCCAAAUUGUCGACGCAAGUAAUUCUGAUAGUGUCUCUAGUAGCAACACCAAUACUUGCUACGGCCCAGCACUAUGUAUUUCCAAAACCUUUCAAUCGCCACAAGGGUCCCCCGAGUGAUGCGGAGCUCGCCAUUAAUUACCCGACUACGUUUGAGCAAAAGAAAGUGCAAGACUUCUUCAUCGACAUGUGGCACCGGGGAAGCGCUGCCAUUGAAAAACACAACAACGGUAGUCGUUUUAGCCUGUAG